GAAUAUCUCUUAUAACUAAGGGUGUAGUUGUGAUAUGCAUGAUUGCAAACAUUUUGACAAAUAUAGAAGACAUUAAGUGCGCCAUGUGGAAAUAUCGAAUAUGUCAGGAAUUGAUCUAUAAGACAAAUGAUGUUAGAACACUGGUUGUGAAAAGAAUAAUAGAUGAAAACAGAUGAUAACUAAGACUUCAAGAUCAAUAGAACUUGCAUUAUUUAAGAGCAGAAAUGUGAAAAAGAUGUGAAUCGCCAAACACACGACAUUUCAUUUUGAAUUAUGUUAAGGAAUCCUGGAGCCAAUCAAUACUUGGUGAGAUUGGAUUGUUUGCCGCAGCAUGGAUCAUAUUUAUGUGGAGAAUUUAACUAUGAGUUGAUUGGUUGUAGUGAAAUAGUCAUCCAUUAGAAAUCACGGAGCACUUUUAUAAAAUCUUUAUGUUAUACUCCAGCACAAACAGUGCAUCAAUAGCAAUGAUAUAUCCUGAAGUGCCAGAAGUUAGGUGUAAUCAAUAAUUUUCUCCGAACUCUGAUUACAUUUAUGGAAUAGACAACUAUAGACUCUUGGUCGCACAACGAUAUGAUUUUUUAUGGUAAUCAUAACUACGGUUUUAUUAAAAAGCAGUUACAUCAAAGAGAUUCCAAACUUUGUCUGGAUUAGAAUGAUUUUUCAUUACGGUUCAAUUUUGUAUUACUUCUUCCAUUGGAAAUCAAGAAUGGUAAUAUUUGUCAGAAACUAGUUGAUUGGAAUGAGUUCUGAAAAGAGUAAAAAUUACUUUUAUAUUCAACAAGUUCACUUUAAGAAUAUAAUGUGAAUUUCAUAAUGGCUCUGUUACACGAAAUGGUGUCAGCUUUAUUCUGCAUUGCAGCACUAGUAAUAAAUGUCUGCACCGCAGGAUUUGAAAUUAAAGGAUCAGAAUUCGCAUUUGUUAAGUUAGAAGAAUGGAAACCCUGCAGAAAUGGUUCAAUACAAAUGGAAUUUAAAACAACUUUUGAAAACGUUUUAUUAUUUUAUACCGAUGAUGGGGGUAUUAACGAUUAUUUUGAGGUCAAACUUCUAAAAGGAAAGUUACAUGUAGUCUUUGAUUUAGGUAGUGGAAAGAUGAGACUGGUUGCUGGUGAACAAUUACAUGACAAUAUUUGGCAUAAAGUACUAAUAAUACGUAAAGACUCUUACAUAUCUCUACAUGUAGAUGAUUCUACACAUCCCAGAAAGUACCAAGGGAAAGAUCAACUCUUUGGUAUCCAGAAUAAAUUUAAUAAUUAUGUUUUUGUUGGAGGGAUAGCUAAAGACUAUGAAGACAGAACACAGGCCUUGACAUUGCCGUCAGUUUUCUUUGAGACCAGAUUUAAUGGAUAUAUUAGAAACAUUCUUUACAGUAACUGUGGUGGUCCACUUUUCCGACCAAAGAUUUUGGACUCAUUAAACAUGACAAUGGGUACUAAGGAGUGUAUAACAAAUAGUCCAUGUUUACAUGGUAGUGUGUGUGUUGAAGAAGACAAUGGUGUGUCAUGUGACUGUUCAUCGACCAACUUCAGGGGAGAUAAAUGUGAAAUAGAAAAAACUCCAACAGAAGUAACAUUGCUUGGAACCCAGUAUCUGAUGUAUAAUUUUGUGAAAGAUAACAACACUGACGAUGGUCUACAGAGUAACGAAGACGAGAUUGAUCUUUAUUUCCGUACUCAGCAACCUGAUGGAUUACUGUUUUUUAUAGGUGAUAUGACAGACCAUAUCAUCAUCACUCUAAGAAAUGGAGGUGUGUUUGUCAGAGUUAACUUAGGGUCUGGACCAUGGGAAGAACUUUUACCAGCCAAUGGCUACAGAUUUGAUGAUAACCAGUGGCACCAUCUAGUGGUUAGAAGAAAAUCAAGAGAGCUCACUACAGGGAAUGCUAAAGCAGUAAUCCAUGUAGAGGUAGAUGGUUCACAUAGACUUGACGGGACUACUUUAGGGUCAUAUGUCAUGUUACAUAUCAUUACAUUGUAUGUUGGUGGAGGACCUAGUCCACUUUACAAAAACAGACCUACACACAAUUUUAAAGGAUGUCUUAAAAAGGUUGUUUACAGUAGUAAUAAAAUAUCUAUGGAUAUCACAACGAUGGCAAUGGAUGGUCAAUUGACUGUAUUUGGUGAUGUGAUCUUCAAUCAAUGCCAGGAUAUGGUAGAAUCCCAGCCAGUAACAUUUACAACACCCGAUUCUUACAUCGUGUUACCAAGGUGGGAAGUUGGUAUACAUGGAGGGAGUAUCUCAUUUACUUUCCAAACUAACGAGCUUAGUGGUGUCCUAAUGUACAAUUAUGGUUUAACAAAUGAAGACUUUUUUGCAUUUGAAAUUUUAGACGGUAAUCUGAAUUUCUUGAUAAAUUUAGGUUCAGGAACAGAAAAAGUGAAAAUGAAGUAUGUUAGUGAUGGUAAACCACAUUCAGUCUCUUUGCAUCAUGCUGGUAAAAAUGGUCAUAUUCUUCUAGAUGGGAAUAAAAUUACAUAUGCACUAGGAGGUCCAAGCAACCAUCUAGAUCUGGAUAGUAAGCUGUAUGUUGGGGGUAUCGACAGAUCUAUUCAACAACGAAUAGGAAUAUGGGCUGCAAUAUUAAGCAAUGGUUUUGUUGGUUGUUUACAUGACUUAGUUAUGAAUGGGAAUAAAAUAGACUUGAUCACAGCUGCCAGAAAACAGAUGAUCUCAACCAUCAAGGAUUUCUGUAAAGUAAUGGAACCUCAGUGUAACCAGGGCUCCUGUCUCCAUCAUGGGGUGUGUCAUGAGGGAUGGAAUCGGUAUAUGUGUGACUGUCGUGGGACAGAUUACACAGGACCUAUCUGUCAGAAAGGUGCCACGACGCUUGAAUUUAAUGGGAACCAGUUCUUAAAGAUAACAAUGGACGACACAUCAAUAACAGAAGCCGAAGAUAUCUCAUUACGAUUCAGGACAACUCACAAAAAUGGAUUAUUGUUUAUUACAUCGUCAGAUAACUCCCCUGAUAAGAUGGAGCUGUAUUUGGAAUCUGGUUCCGUGAAGCUCGAUAUCAAGAUAGGCCAAAGCUCCAAGGCAUUAAGUUUUCGUAGAUUAGUAAAUGAUGAUCGAUGGCAUACUGUUUACCUGAAGAGAAGAGGGGAAAUAAUCCAGCUGAAAUUAGAUGAAAACCCUUAUAUUGAAGAGAACCUUGUUGAAAAGACGCUGAAAAUAAAACAGAUAGUGUUAGGAUCUGUCAGUCCUAUGUUAUCAGAUGAGUAUAUACACAGCGAGUCAGAUUUACCCAAGUCAGAGAUAACAAGAAUGCAGCAGGAAGACAAUAUACUCCGGCGUCACACAGGAUACAUCGGUGCUAUGCAACAAUUUAUUUUUAACAACAAUCACUUUUUUGACUUAGCCAAAUCAAGAAAAAUGGAAAAUAUUGAAGUGACUGCCAAAUUUGACACGGAGAAUCCUGUAUUGAUAGACCCAGUAACAUUCAAAUCAAAGGAUGCAUAUGUGAUACUGUCUCCAUUAAAUGCAAAUACUCCAUUUUCUAUUUAUCUUAAAUUUAAAACGACUGAAGCAGAUGGAUUAAUACUGUUUAACGGAGGAAGGCAGGAUUUUUUAGCCCUUGAACUUCAGGAUGGAAACUUACAUUAUAUUUAUAAUACGGGAAAUGGUGCCAGGAGAAUAUUUGUCAACACACGUAAGAAACUGAACGACAAUUUGUGGCAUGAUGUCUCAUUGAUACGGACAAGCGUUGAACGACAACUCAUCAGAGUAGACGAUAACCCUCCUACAAUGGAGGACAUGAAUGAUUUAACAUCUGUACACUUUAACCUUGACAAUGACCUCUAUAUAGGUGGUGUUAAGAGGACAAUGUUCAACACUUUACCCAGUCGUAUCUCAUCUAGACAUGGAUUCCAAGGAUGUCUAGCUUCAAUAGAUUUAAAUGGAUUCAGACCCAAUCUGUACACUUUAGCUGGACAAAACAACAAUGGUAUAGCCAAAAACUGUCAAGGGCCAAGCAGUGGCUGUAAAUCAGAGUCUUGUAGGAACCAUGGAAGAUGUGUACCUCACUGGAAUUCUUACACAUGUGACUGUGAUAUGACAUCAUUUACUGGUCCUACUUGUGUUGAUGAGAGUGUAUCGUUUUCCUUUGGUCGUGGAGGAGGAUUGAUAACAUAUGAGAGACCUAAAGGGAAAUACUAUGACACGACUGAGGACCAGUUUGCAUUAGGCUUUGCUACAUCACAACGUAAUGCCUGUCUUUUUAGAGUAGAAAGUGAAAAUUCGAAAGACUUCAUUGAGUUUUCAUUGAAUAGCGGCAACAUUUUAAUAUAUUACAACAUGGGAACACAAAGAGAAAUUCCUAUUGGUGAAAUGUUGAAAACAUUUAAUGACAGGAAGUAUCAUGUGGUUCGAUUUAAACGUUCUGGAUCUAAUGCCACACUUACCAUAGACGAUGAUAAACCUAUUUUCAAGAUACCUGACAUUCACAAACAAAGAUGGAACAUAUUUAACAAUCAAGCUAGAAUAUAUAUUGGUGGUAUGAAGAGAAAUAAAGGACGUUUAGAGAAAAAAUUCCAUGGAACCAUUUCUGGUCUGGUAUUUAAUGGUCUCCCUUUACUAGAGAAGGCAGCAGAAGGGGGAGACAGAAGAAUAUCUAUAGAGGGAGAUGUAAGGCUUAAAAGGAGAGAAGUCAUGCAGUCAACUAGAGAAACUCGAAAAAUAUUCAUCAAGCAAAAAACAUUCCGUAAAGACAAUGUGCUCAAUAACAAUGAAAUUAAUUCCAUUGUAAAUACAAAGUCUAGAAUUGAAAAAAGGGAGAUAACUAAAGACAAUACAGAUGUCUCUCAUUAUGACUUUUCCAUCAUACUAACUGUGGAUGAUGAAGAUGAUGUUAAAAAUACACAUAUUGACGAUUCAAGUGGAGACUCAGUUUACAUUCCGUUAAGAAAAGUGGAUCCUGCUAUUACUCUAAUGCCACAAAUAAAUCAGUUUAAGGAUAUUAGUUCAGAAGAGACUGAUGUAAGCAUACAUGCAGAUUCAAUUAAUGAAGUGAUUCAGAUAGCAAACCCUCCGAUGUCUCCUACAACAAUAUCUAAUAAACUGUUACCAGAUCCAGCUAAAUACCCAAAAGACAGAGGGAGAGAACAAUCUGUUAUUAUUGAUGGUACUGAUAAGUUGAACAUUGAAAUAUCUCCUGUUCAGACAACUCCAAUGCAAGGUGUUGCUGACGAGAUCAUAGUAUCAACAGAAGAUGGUUUGGAAUGCAUGAGUGAUGACGAGGAUGAAUGUGUAACCUUCAGCGGUGCCGGGUCAGCUGAUGACAUCAUUCUACCGACGUCAACAAUCAUAACAUUCUCUACGCCAAAACCACCAGAAACCCCACAGCCAAGGUACUUAAAUAUCUACCAUCAACAAAGGCCACACCAAAAAAAACAGCCAAAACAACUAGACACACAUAGGCCAAGCACAUUGAAAAAUAUGAAUAGAAUAUGUGAAGGUGGGGCUGAAGGAUGCAUAGAAACAAGUCAACCUAACAUACUUGUGACUACCCUAAGAACAGAAUCACAAGGUCCACCAGACCAUGAAGACGAUAAGAAAAAGUUAGCGCUAUUUAUAGGAAUAGGUGUAGGUGUGGCAUUUACUGUAAUUAUUUUAAUUAUAGCAUUGUAUAAAUUCCGAAGUAGAGACGAAGGAACGUAUAAAGUAGAUGAAAGUAAAAACUUUGCUUACUUAGAAUCUAAAAGUUUACAAGGUAACGGUGCAAUAAUAGGAGCAUCUAAUAUCAAGCCAGGAAAGAAGAAAGAUGUGAAGGAAUGGUAUGUGUGAGGGAAAGAAGAAUGGAUGGUACACAAAAUGACAUUUGUAAAAUGGAGAUUUAAGUGUGACUGUGAUGCUUGUUGAUGUGAUGAGUGCUUACAGUUUGUUAAUUCUUUGCUCAUAUCAUCAUUAAUGAUUAGUCCCGCUAGACUGGUUCAAGUUUUGUGGAUAGAAAGUCAUUUGGGUACAGUGCAAUACACAUUUUUGAGAUUCAAUAGGAAUGUUGAUAUACUAGUAUAUAAUGUAUAAGAUAUUCUGAAAAGAGCUUUGAAGCUUUGCCAAAAUGUUAUAAAUUAGGUCAGCCUAGAGUUCUUAUAACACAUAUGUCAAUAACAUCCUUAGAAGGUACAAUGUAGUUUAUUAAACUCACACAAUGUUUAAUAGAUAAUAAUAUUAUAUUAUUUCGCUAUGACUUGUUUAAUUUUUAGUGUAAUACAUUUAAAAACUUUGUUCAACUGGAAAAAAUUGAUAUAGACAUUUACAUUUGUACUUGCUGUUAGCAAACAGCAAAUGAGAUUUCAUUGUUGAUAGUUUGUAUAAUUUGAUGGAAAUGCAUAAUAUUAUUGUGAUCUGCAGUGAAAAUUCACAUAUUCAUUAAUAUCAUAGUUUGUUCUUCUUUGACAUCAAAUUUAAAAAGUAUGAAAUAUUUUGUAUGGUGUUACUUUUAAGUUCGAGUACCCGGUAUAUUAUUUUAGUAAUGAACAAAAGCUUAAAAUGCAAUGUUUAAGCCUGGUGCUGCAAAUUUCAUUUCGUUCCAUCUCUAAAAUCAUUUCUCUAUUUUCGCUCAUUAGAUUUAUAUUUUACUUCAACUGUAACUAAAUAGUAAAAUGUUGAAGGAUUAACAAAAAAUCUUUAAUAGACAUAUCAUAGCCAAUAUAAUGCCUCUGGAAAUUAAAUACCAGUCACUAGUCUGUCAACACUGAGGUUGUGGUCUGAGACCACAAUUAUUUAGUAGUGCAUUUCUUUUAGAACAUAAAUGAAAAUAAAAUAAAUCCCACCUGUGCUUUCUCAAAGAAACUUUUACAGUGUAUUGUACUACAUUUGGGACAAAUUAUAUCAAAAUUAUAGAAAAUGGACAAUUUUAUGUUGAGGGCGUCUUAAAAUCUUUUGACAGCUUCCGAAGUGCUAAUUUUUAACCUUCUUCAGUACUUUUCUUUAAAAUUCUGGACCCAAAUUUUUUUUAGUGUAAUUUCACCCUCCUACUUGCAAUUUGAGGCAUUAAACAUGGAGAAAUAAAUUUGGAAGGGGUAUGAAAAUCAAUGUCAAGUAACCCACUGUGAACACUACAGACUAUAUUUGUGAACAAAGAAAAUCAAGGGACGACAAUUGCUGUCUCGGACCUUGUGAGUUGAAAUCUGCAUGUAUCUUCUAUUCUAUUUGGCUAGGAUUGCAGAAGGUUAGUAGUUUCCACCACCUAUAAAAACUGACAAAAUAGCCCACAGUGCCGAAAGUGGCAAAUUGAAAAAAACUUCUAAUUAUGAAAUUUUUAUAGACAAAGAAAAGGUCCCCUUUUGACGAUAAUAUUUUUCUGAUUUGUUGAUACUUGAUUUAUAUUAUUGAAAAAUUAUCAAUUCAUAUCCCUUCACAUGAUAUCUCUUUUGGACUCAAGAAUUUUUUUACAGCAAGAUCCAUUUUGAUUGUACUUGUUUUUAGAUUUCCCAGAGUUAGAGGUCUUGAUUUGUCAAAGGUUGAGAUUGUUGGUGUGUAUUGAGGUAGAUUGUUGCUAUCAUGAUAUUUAAGGUAUAAUGGGACCAGUUAUUUUUUGUUAUGAAUGUGCAUGUUACUGCUAACAUAGGUGUAAAUGGUUAACUUUGGUAUGCCAGUUUUUUUUCCCUAGCCCAUUUUUAUUUUUUUAUUCAAUGAAUAAACCCUAUUUUCCAAAGUCUUCCCUCUUGGGCAAGUGAGCCUAUCAUAUGUCAUGAUUCUAGAUAGUCUCAAGUAGGUAAAUAAUUCGACAGAGAACUGUGCACAGAAAUAGUGCCUCUGUUUAUCAUGUCUUUUGUGUUUAUUUUGGAAACCAGUUCAUGUAAGUGGUAUGCCAGUUCAUGAAAGUGGAUAAGAGUUUAUCAAUUCACCUUU